GCUCCAGCCACUCCCUACGCCCCGGCGCACGAAGCACUCUCCUGGUCCACCCAGAGCUCCGUUCACACGCAGCGCCGAGGUCCAGAUGAGAGCCGCGUCCAGCCGCCUCCAGCCCAGCAGACACCAGCCAGAGUAAAGGCAGCGGGGAAGGGGCUCCGGCAGCCACUCCACCACCUUGUGGGACCCUACUUUUUGCUUCGUGGAGUGGAUUUUUUUUUUUUUCAAGACGCGAGGGAGCGAGUGUUGCAGAAAUUAAAAGAGGAGGGGACACCUGCAGCCAAGAUGGAGGUGAAGACGUCACUCCUGGACAACAUGAUUGGGGUGGGCGACAUGGUCCUCCUAGAGCCCCUGUCCGAGGACUCCUUCAUUGAGAACCUGAGGAACCGCUUUGACCACAAUGAGAUCUACACAUACAUUGGCAGUGUGGUGAUCUCCAUGAACCCCUACCGGGCCCUGCCCAUCUACACUCCGGAGAAGGUGGAGGAGUAUCGCAACAGGAACUUCUAUGAACUCAGUCCACACAUCUAUGCUCUGGCAGAUGAGGCCUACCGCUCCUUGAGGGACCAGGACAAGGACCAGUGCAUCCUCAUCACAGGGGAGAGUGGGGCCGGGAAAACCGAGGCCAGUAAGCUGGUGAUGUCAUACGUGGCAGCGGUGUGCGGGAAGGGCCAGGAGGUGAACAAGGUCAAGGAACAGCUGCUGCAGUCCAAUCCCGUGCUGGAGGCUUUUGGAAAUGCCAAAACCGUGAGGAAUGACAACUCUUCCAGAUUUGGAAAGUACAUGGACAUUGAGUUUGACUUCAAAGGAGAUCCUCUGGGUGGAGUCAUCAGCAACUAUCUGCUGGAGAAGUCCCGCGUGGUGAAGCAGCCGCGUGGAGAGAGGAACUUCCACGUCUUUUAUCAGCUCUUGUCCGGAGCCUCCGACGACACACUCAAGAAGCUGAAGUUGGAUCGGGACUUCAGCAAGUACAACUACCUGAGCUUGGACUCCGCUGCGGUCAUCGGGCUGGAUGACGCGGCCAACUUCAGGACAGUCAAAAAUGCCAUGCAGAUUGUGGGCUUCAUGGAGGACGAAGUGCAGUCGGUGCUGCAGCUGGUGGCUGCCGUGCUGAAGCUCGGCAACAUCGAGUUCAAGCCGGAGUCGCGCAGCAACGGCACCGACGAAAGUCGCAUCAAAGACAAGAACGAUUUGAAGGAGAUGUGCGAGCUGCUUGGUAUUGAACAGUCUGUGCUGGAAAGAGCGUUCAGCUACCGCACGGUAGAGGCGAAGCAAGAGAAAGUGUCCACGACGCUAAAUGUGGCCCAGGCGUACUACGCCCGAGAUGCCCUCGCCAAGAAUCUCUACAGUCGUCUGUUUAGCUGGCUAGUUACCAGGAUCAAUGAAAGCAUUAAAGCACAAACUAAAGCUCGCCACAAGGUCAUGGGUGUGCUCGACAUCUAUGGCUUUGAGAUUUUCGAGGACAACAGCUUUGAGCAGUUCAUCAUCAACUACUGCAACGAGAAGCUGCAGCAGAUCUUCAUCGAGCUGACUCUGCGUGAGGAGCAGGAGGAGUACGUCAGGGAGGGCAUCGAGUGGACCAACAUUGAAUACUUCAACAACGCCAUUAUCUGCGACCUCAUUGAGAAUCACCAAAACGGCAUCUUGGCCAUGCUGGACGAGGAGUGCCUGAGGCCGGGGACGGUCACCGACGAGACCUUCCUGGACAAGCUGAACACCAUCUGCGCCGGGCACAAGCACUUUGAGAGUCGCCAAAGCAAGAAUUCCAAGUUCCUCACGGAUCACAGCCUGCCGCACAACUGCUUCCGCAUCCAGCACUACGCGGGCAAGGUGCUGUACCGGGCCGAGGGCUUCGUGGACAAGAACAACGACCUGCUAUACCGGGACAUGUCCCAGGCCAUGUACAAGGCCAAACACAGCCUCAUCAAGCAGCUGUUCCCCGAGGGCAACCCGGCCAAAGUCAACCUGAAGAGACCCCCGACGGCUGGAUUCCAGUUCAAGGCAUCAGUGGGGACGCUGAUGAGGAACCUGCAAACCAAGAACCCAAAUUACAUCCGGUGCAUCAAGCCCAAUGACAAGAAGGCCUCCCACAUCUUCACCGACACUCUGGUCUGCCACCAGGUGCGCUACCUCGGCCUGAUGGAGAACGUCCGCGUGAGGCGGGCGGGCUACGCCUUCCGCCAGGCCUACGAGCCGUGCCUGGAGCGCUACAAAAUGCUCUGCAAGCGGACCUGGCCCCACUGGAAGGGACCCGCCAGGGAAGGGGUGGAGGUACUGAUGGCCGACCUACAGGUCCCAGCCGACGAUUUCUCCUACGGCCGCUCCAAGAUCUUCAUCCGGAACCCAAGAACGCUCUUCUCCUUGGAGGAGAGGAGGAGGCAGUGCCUGCAAGACCUGGCCACUCUCAUUCAGAAGAUCUACCGCGGCCAUAAGUGCCGCUCCCACUUCCUGCUGCUGAAGAAGAGUCAGAUAGUGGUGUCAGCGUGGUACCGCCGAUACGCGCAAGAAAAGAAAUACCAGAAGAUCAAGAGCGCCACCACUGUGGUGCAGUCCUACACCAGAGGAUGGCAGGCCCGCAAGCUCCUGAGAGAGCUGAAAUAUCAGAAGAGAUGUGAAGAGGCGGUGACCACCAUCGCGGCCUUCUGGCACGGCACCCAGGCUCGGAUGGAGCUGAGGCGUCUAAAACAAGAGGCGCAGAAUAAACACGCUGUGACAGUAAUUUGGGCGUUCUGGCAGGGAACCAAGGCCCGCAGAGAGCUCCGUCAGCUGAAGGAGGAGGCGAGGAAUAAACAUGCCGUGUCGGUCAUUUGGGCCGGCUGGCAGGGCACCAAGGCUCGCAGGGAGCUGAGGCGACUGAAGGAAGAGGCCAGGCGUAAGAAUGCGGUCGCUCUGAUUUGGGCCUACUGGCAGGGACUCAAGGUUCGCAGAGACUAUAGAAAAUUCUUCAGGGCAAAUGCGGGCAAGAAGAUCUACGACUUCACCAUUCAGAGGAUUAUGCAAAAAUACUUCCUGGGCCUGAAGAGCACCUCACCCCCCAUGUCGCCCGUAGACAAGAGCUGGCCUGCCAGGCCCUACCGCUUUCUGGAUGGAGUCCACGCCGAGUUGCGCAAAAUCUUCCAUCACUGGAGGUGCAAGAAGUACAGGAGCCAAUUCACAGAGGAGAAGAAGGCCGUUUAUAAGGAGAAGCUGGAGGCCAGUGAGAUCUUCAAAGAUAAGAAGGCUCUCUAUCCGAGCAGCGUGAGCCAGCCCUUCAAAGGAGACUACCUGGAGAUCACCAAGAACCCCAAAUACCAGAAGCUCAACAGCAGCGUGGAUGCAAAGGUCCUGCUGGCCGACGUGGUCAACAAGAUCAACAGGGCCAAUGGCAAGGGCACGGCUCGAAUCUUCCUGCUGACUAAGAAGGGCGUCGUGCUGGCCGACCAGAAGACGGGCCAGGUGAAGGCCAGCGUUCCCCUGCCGGACCUCGCCAGUGUGUCCGUCAGCACGCAAAAUGACGGCUUUUUUGCUCUCAAGCUCAAAGAGGGGUCGGCCUCGGCCAUCAAAGGAGACUUCUUACUCAGCAGUGAACGUCUGAUCGAGAUCAUCACCAAACUCCACCUCACCGGGGCCACGGCCGCCGACAGCGAGCGGCUCAACAUCGACAUCUCAGACGAGUUUCUGGUGCAGUUCAAUCACGACAAAGUGUGCGUGAAGUUCAUCCAGGGGGCCGCCAGGAACGGCAACGGUGUCUCCUGCAAGCGCAAGAACAACCGCCUGCUGGAGGUGUCGGUGCCCACGACCGCGUAGUGCAGCUCCCCCAACCCCCCCCACCCCCCGCCAGGCUUAGUGACGACUGAAUAACAACCCCCCCCCACUCCGACUCGCUGGUCCCGAACACCGGCACCCCAGCGCCCCGCCCCGAGCCGCCGGAUGAGUGUGCGGUCAUUUGGCUUGUUGUCGUGGUGUUUUUUUUUUUUUUUUCUUUCCCUUCAGUGUCGUCUUGUCAGAUUUACUCCAGCACCAUUACAGCUGUAACCAUGUGCCACUUUUUGGGCAGAGAGAACCCUUGUGUGGGGGAUGCGUGCCACAGAAGGUUUGGUAAACGAUGCCGCUGGUGCUUUGUAAAACAAAAGAGUUGAAAAUGGAUGAAGAAAAAAUAAUAAUAAUCACAAGAUUCCGUAUAGCAGUGGCAACGUUAAUGAUUGUUCCGCCUGUGUGUUGAAUUAUUCUUCAGAGAAAACGUCUCCGUGACGAGCUUCAGCCUCAAUUGGCCUUGACUCAUGCAUUUUUUUUUUUUUUUAAGCGUCUCUGACUUUAAGCUGAUGUCUUAGAACUUAUGAUGAACUGGGAACUUUUGGGCUCGGCCUGUCUGAUUUAGAUUCUCUGAAGAACUUUAUUACUGCACUUGUUUUCACCUCGGUGUAACCAAAAGAGGAGCUGAAAAUGAUUUGAUGUUUUAUUUUCUCUCUCAUAUAUAUAUAUAUAUAUAUUUUUUUUUCUUCUCUGAAACAGAACAGUGGGCAGUGGAGAAGAGAAAUGUAAUUUGCUAGAUAAUUGUAAAACCACUUUUGUAUCCUCCUGUAUGUGCCAUUGAACAGGUCCCACGACUCACUGGUGUCCAAUCACAAACCACGCAGGCGAUGGACGCCGCUCUCCACAACACCCUUGCCAAAAAAAUGUUUGCAUGUCACGUGAUCGGCUUCGACUGCACAAAUCGUAACCAUUUUCCAGCUUUAACUUCAUUAAAGACGCUGACAAACUUAUCACAGACGUUCUAGUGGAAGGAAAAGCACGAGCGGUAUCUACCCGUCAUUAUUACUUCAGCAGAUCCAAAGUGUUCUCUGGUACAAAGCGCCGCCCCCCCCCCCUUAUUCAUCUUUUCUUUUGUGUGCAAUAAAAUAAAAGCUUUGUCUCGCAAACCCCUAGCAGUCGCCAUUCGCUGUACAUAGGCCCUGUAUGCUGUAUCCCUGGCAUGGACAAAGGGUUCCUGUACUCUUCUCUUUUUAAUUGCUGUGUUUGUACGAGCGGUUUUCGGCACUGCAGCUUGAGUUAUUGUAGCGCUUGACCCCGCUCUGACCUUUUUUUAAAAGUUUGUUUUUAUGGGUAAGGACCAAAUAUUAAGCGCUCAUGACCAUAGAUUCGUGCUGUAUCUGAAGAAAUUGAUGUACACGUUUAGUACACGCCCUUUUACAAGCAAGCCAAAUUGGGUUGUCAGAAGCGACUCGAGUGCUUUAUCUUCAGGUAUGUUGACGGUAAUCUUUAUUUGGAUGUACCGGCAGUGGGAUUUGUGACGUUGAUUGUCAGCCACAUGUUUCUCUGGUGUCUGAGGGAGUAACGCAGCCAAACUUGGUCUCGUCAUGAUUUGCAAUCAGUCCACGAUGGAUCCGGUUUCUAGGGAGGGUUUUUUGGUGUAUGUUUAACGUCACACGCGACGAAGGGACUUGAGAAAUCCGUCAUGUUCCCUCACACAAGAACAGUCAAGGUGAAUGCCAGUUUGGAUGUAUAUUCUUUGUUGGCACUGCACAGUUUGAAUGUUUCGUUGAGGUGACCCCCCCCCCCCCUCUUCCCCCUCCUCUCUUCUGUUUUGUAUUUGAACGAUGGCUGCCGCUGCGAAAUGAUGUCUGCAUUCUUGUGUGCCUAAUGUUAGCCUGUGCCGAUAGACACGACAUGGAAAUGUUUCGGUAGAACUCGGAGUAACAUUUACAAGUAAUACAUUUUUUUUUUUUUUUAAAUUAAAUAAAAAUCUGUAAUAAAUGUUCUGGGAUUCCGUGA